GGCCAUGCCUGGGAAGGGACCCCAGCUGGCGGCCCGAACGGUGUUCAGUUGUUGCGCAGAGGCUUAUCGGGUAGCGAAACGUUACCCUCCAAGAUACUUGCCACAUAAUAAGGCGUAACAAGGAACAAAAUGUCCUUUUGCUCGUGGUUUAAAGAGGAGGAAUAUAGAGAUACUUUCGAGCCAGGCAUCUAUGUAUGUCGUAGAUGUGGUCAUGAACUUUUCUCAAGUAAAAUGAAAUACAGGCAUGAGACCCCUUGGCCAGCUUUCGUUAAAACCAUUCACACUGAUUCCGUCCAAAAGCGAAAAGAAAGCAAACUGGCCUUGAAGGUGUCAUGUGGAAAGUGUGGCAAUGGACUGGGCCAUGAAUUCCUUAAGGACGGACCAGAUGGAAAGAUGUCAAGGUUCUGAAUAUUCUCACACUCCCUCAAGUUUAUUGCUAAAACUGAGGGAGGUCAGAUCGUGAAUGGAUCAGCUGAGGCAAAUGGAAAUUCCUGAGACAGGGACGGCACCUGCAAGUUGCCAUCUAGCUCCUCUCAGAAGAAGGAAGAAUGUAGACUGGUUUAAUUUCAGUUUCACCUAAAAAGUGUUCCUGUUAGGAAUAUGUUUAUAUUAUUGUUGGAAUUAUUUGAAGAAAAUAGAUUAACUAACAAUAUUAAGAUUGAUUCAUAUUUGGCAGAUAAUUUAUUUGAUUUUUAAUUGUUACUUAAUGCAGAGGAAAGUGCCAAAAAGACACAUCUCUCAAUUAUGACUCGUGGACUAGUGACAGGAAUGACCAUUUAUUGUGACCAGUAAUAUGAAGUUAAUGAGUGAAACAUGAAUACAUGAAUUCCUUAAUGGAUGCUUAUACUGGUCCAGCUACAUGGCCAUAACUGACAUCUUUUAAGUCAUAUUUUUUUUCACAAACUUUCAUUAAACAAAAGUCAUGAAACAAUAUUGUUAGAGUUUUUUAAUGCCUUUUUUUUUUUUUUUUUUUUUUUUUUUUUUUACAUAUAUUUGAUAUAUUAUUUUGGAUUCUUUUUAAUGAUGAUAGUGUGUGACUUACCAGAAAAGUCAAAUGGAAUGUUAAAAUGGCAUAUAUUGUGGUAAAAGUAAAGAUACCAAUAUUGGAAUGGCAGAUAGCUAGCUAUUCAGAACUGGAAUUUAUUAAGAUCUUGUCUGCUGUCAGUGUUAUGAAGCAGAAAAGGUAAACUUGUCAGACAGUCCUUUUUAGUGGAAGAUGUUUCUGGAACAAGCAGGAUCUUUUUGAUUCCAUACCCAUUUCCUCAAGUAUAUUGUUAGAUUUCACUAUAAAUUAUUAAUGAGAUAGAAUUAAAUUUUUGUUUCAAUUUUCAUGAAGGUUUUUAACAAAAUAUAUAUGAAUAGCUAAAUAUACAUAAAUAUGAUCAUCAGCCUACAUUAUGCAAGUGGACCUUAAUUUACCCUUUGUUACUUAUUUUAUUUUAGUAUACAUAUCAACAGGAAGGGAAUGAUGGUGUUUUCAGAAAGGGAAUGUUAAUAUUUAUAUCUAUUUUAUUUGUUUUUCUGAUUGCAGAUAUUUAUGAAAUAUACUUGCCAGCUUAAGCUCACUCACCACACCAGCCAAAUCCUCUCCUCUCCCCUUUUUUUUUCUUUUCUUCUCUCUCCCUCUCCCUCUCCCUCUCCCUCUCCCUCUCCAUCUUCCUCUCCCUCUCCCUCUUCCUCUCCCUCUCUCCCUCUCUCCCUCUCCCUCUCCAUCUUCCUCUCCCUCUCCCUCUCCCUCUCCCUCUCCCUCUCCCUCUCCCUCCCCCCUCCCCCCUCCCCCUCUCUCACUAAGUUGAUUGUGAUGAUUUUACUAUAGACAUAAUUUAAUGACAAUUCUACCUCGAGAUUGCCUUACCUCCAUCCAUCACAAAUUAAAAGUUGUAAAAAGCAGUGUUUGUUUUCAAAUGUCUGUGCUAGCUCAAUAAAUAGGUACAUUGAUAAA